UGUUCUCUCAUAAUCGACUCCUUGUGUUCUUUCUCUCUCUCUCUCAACCACUCCCAAUACUCCCUCUCGUUUUUUGAGAAAACCCAAACCAUAAGAAACCAAAUCACAUUUAAAAUCUUGAUUUGUAUUUUCAUCUCUGGUUUUAUAUACCCACCAAGUUUUUUUGUAAAUUUUUUUGCAUGGAGGAGUUCAUAACUAAUCUCUGCUAGCUUCUUCUUAGGUGGGGUUUUCAGGAAGUUUCGUAAUCAUGGGUUUCGAGAGACCAUCAUCAUCAUCAUCAUCAUCAUCAUCAUCAUCAUCAUUAUCAUCAUCAUUACCAACAUCAUUACCAACAUCAGAAAACUCAAGAGCCAAGCUCAGUCUCUUCUAUAUAUUCCUACUCUUUAUCGUCUUCUGUUUGACUACUACUACUACGUUCAUUACUUCCUCUUCUCCAUAUAUUAGGAACUCUUACUCUGAGAAACUAGGGAACUUCUAUGCACAGGAGGAGGGAAAGAGCACAGUAGUGAUAAAGAACACGAGAAAAAUCGGUGACCGGAGCAAGGAGGCGGAGCAAAGGAGGAUUUUAAGGGGAUUGGGGUCAUCUCCGCCAAGGUGCUCAUCAAAGUGUGGAAGAUGCACACCGUGCAGGCCUGUGCACGUAGCAGUGCCACCGGGCACGCCUGUCACCGCCGAAUACUAUCCUGAGGCUUGGAGAUGCAAGUGUGGCAACAAGUUGUACAUGCCAUGAUCGUUAAUUAUAUAUAUUUAUACGUACUCACAUAUAUACAUUAUAUAUUAUUAUAUAUAUAUAAAUGAUCUAUAUGUAGGUUUGACGGUUGUGUCUUAAUUCUGAUGUCUCUACUCAAAUAUUAAUUAUUUGCUAAACAUGUUUCUAAGAGUGAAAACUUUUG